AUGAAACAAUUUUUAGAUCUAAACCCAAAAUUUCAAGAUUUUUUGAAUGAAGAUUCCUCUGAAGGAAAUCACCGUGAAAAAGAAAUCUUCCGUGAAACAGAAAUUGAACAAGUGACAUCUUGGUCUUAUGAAGAAGCCUUCCCUCAAUUCGAAGCCAUCCCCAUCUCAGAAGCUGCAAUGCAGACUCACAUGUCCAAUGAAAAAAUUGGGCUUGUCAGAGAAUUUCCUUUUGAAGCUUACUGUGAGCUGAAUUUUCGAGGAAAAACUUCUUGAGGAGUCAAAGUCCCACUGACCGACAUUUUAAGUUUCAGCUCCAACGUAAUUAAAAAGCCCUUGCUUAAAAUGAACUCAAAAUACCACAAGUCAGCACGUCAGACCUUUAAAAGUAAAAAAUAAUUAGACAUCCUUUCAUACAUGAAGGAAAGAAGCUCUUCAAGACCUUCAAUACAUCAUGCUAAUAAACUGCUGAAAAUAGGCAUGGAGUCGCCGCCUGAAAUUUGUGACGAAAUUUAUUGCCAAUUGGUAAAGCAGACUAAUAAUAACCCUAAAAUAAAGAGCACGCUAAGAGCUUGGACUUUGUUUGGGAUAUGCUCAGGAGUUUUUGCGCCAUCACCGAAUUUAAGGCUGCCUUUGCUUAACCAUUUAGUAAAAAUAGUAGAAAAUGAAAGUCAGGAAAUUUCGAGCAAAACUUGCUAUUGUAUUACGAGACUAGAAAAAAUAUACCAAAAUGGCUCAAGAUUGGUGCAUCCAACUGAAAUGGAGCUAAAAUGCAUGAAAGCUAUGAGGCCGAUCCCUAUAAAAGUUUAUUUAAUGAGUGGCUCAUAUAUUUGUAUGCUUAUAUAGGGUAUGCAGCCUUAUAAGUUUGCAUAGGGCAAAUUUAGCAAGCCAAAUAGGUUUUGACAAAUCAGAUUUAAUCAAUUAGUCUGAAUCUGGCUAUAGGGAUCAAGUUGAAUCCUGCAGCUAUAGAGUCUUAUGAUAAUUCAAAUGAUUUAAAAUGUGCAGUACUAAGAAGACUCGAUAUUUCAGUCUCAAAAUUUUCUUAUUUCGGAUUUUACGAGUACUGUGAAGCCUCCGAACUAGAAGAAAGAUACAUAGAAGACUGUGAGCUGAUUCUUGAUAUAAUUUCUAAAUGGAAUGAAAAUGAAAACCCAGAAGCUUUUAAAUUGGUUUUAAAAAUCAGAGUUUGGUAUACACCAGGGCCAAAAGAUAUAGGAUCUCUAUGUUUAUUACAUAUUCAAAGCGUAUUUGAUGUAAUUUCUUGUAAAAUUCCUGUUUCUUUAAAAAUUGCAUUACUGCUAGGGGCAUUAAAGCUGCAUAUUGAUAUGGGGAAUUCUAAGCAGUUAGAUGCAUUUUUGUAUCAAAGAUUAUUUAAUUAUAUUCCAGAAAGACUUAUUCAUUUACUAGCAAAAGAAGACUGAAUAGCGAAAUUACUUCAAAAAAGGAUGAGUUUUGAUAAGUACUCGAAAAUCGAAGCGCAAAGGAAAUAUCUUGAAGUUUUGAGCUCUGAGCCGCUAUAUGGGUCAAAUAUGUUUUAUUUGAUUUCAUAUGACCUAAAUGAAGAAAUAACAAUGCUUCCGUAUGAUGUAUUAUUGGUAAUAAAUUCAAAUGGAGCGAUGAUUUAUAUUAUUUAACUCUGCCUUUUUAGAUUUUACCUAGACGGUACCUUAAUUCUUACUUCCACUCCCUUCAAAUUGGAGCAAAAUAUAUGUGAAAUUUCCAUUGUUUAGGAUACUUUACCUCCUUUAAAUUGGAACAAAUUUUUUCAAUAGGAAAAUUUUAUUAAUAAAAAUACUAUUUUUAUAAAAUUAAUUUUGACUUAAUUUAAUGGAAAAAGUUCAAGUAUUAUCUCAAUUAUAAACAUUUCCCGCACACAAUGGCGCUUUUUGCGCCAAAAGUUAGGAAGUGCUUAUCCUGUCAAUUCUGAAAGGAGUUGCAGUGUGAGAGGAGAUUUUGCGUCAGCAGUAGUCUCUUCAGUGCUGAAUUCAUGACUGCAGGAGUUGAAGCGAAGAUGGAAGCGUGGUGCAAUGGGUGAUGGCAUGGAGACAGCACAUGAUACAGGGCAAAAAUUUCAGUGGCCUGCAUUGGAGGCGCAAGCAGGUAGUGCAUUGAUUUUUUGUGAAAUUACUUUUUACCUUUUACUCUUAUUUUUAUUUUUUCCUUUUUAGAAAUUUUUUGGGAAUUUUUCACAAAUUUCUGGAACUUUUUUGAAGAUCUUUUAAUUGGUCCACAUAGUUGGGCGAUAACCAUUAAUUCAUUCAUUAUCUCAAUUAAUUCAUUAUAUAAAUAAAUUAAAAUUCAAAACGCAAUUAGCUCAAUUUUAUUUUUUUUAAUUACUUAUAAAAGAAAAAAAUUUAAUAUAAAUUUUGAAAAAAAAAAUGAAAUCCUUUAAAUCGAGCAGGGAAUUUUGUUCCAAUUUAAAGGGGGAGUUAAAUAAAAAUAUUAUUGGGCUUACCAAUAUUAUACUUAAAUAAUACAGAAUAUUAUAUACGCGCGACCAUAGAGAAGAAUUAUUAAAAUUUAAAUACUCAGAAAUAAGCAGCUGGGGGGUGAGUAAAGAUAUGUUCGCGCUAAUAGUAGCUAAAGGUGGAGCACAAACACAAUAUAUGUUUAAAACAGUAUUAGCAAGAGUUAUUAGCUCCCUUAUGGAAGCAUAUGUAAACAAAUCACUAGGAAGACCAAUAGGCCAGCUGCCUACACAAAACACAAAUUUAAGAAAAAUUGGGCUACAACGAGAACUUAUUACAAAAUUCCCAAGACUACAAGCAGAAUUAUUUAAAAUGUAA